UUCAAAUUUGAAUGGGGAGAAUCUUCUUCACCUUUUCCAUCAGCAUCUUCAGCAUCUUCAGCAACACCAACACCUCCACCAACACCCUUUUUGUAGCUGCUUGAGUGCACAGGAUCAGCGAUAAUGGGCAACCCCAAUAGAAUGUACAAGUACCAAUACACAACAUUGAGAGCUGCUCAGAUGAACAACAGCUUUAUCUCGAACCAGGAAACGAAUAAAGACCAGAACAUAAGACUUUGCGACAAAUGCUUCCACAGAAUAGAGGAAAACGAUGAAAAAUUCCAUUGCAACAAGAUUUGUUUAAAAUGCCACUUGAAGAUGUGUUCCUUGUGCCGCCAUCCAUUUCUCAAGGGUUCAAGGCGAAACGAUCCACUUGAAGAAUACACUUACUACUGUCCAAUUUGUGUUAAAACUCAUCCCUCAAGAAGAAUGGUUGAAUCUCAUGUUGUAUCGAGAAGUGAACAUGAAAAGGAGUUGUAUGAUCAGUUUAAGGACAAAUCUAUAAUUUCAAAAGUUCAUAAAAUGUGUUUACUAAGGAAAUCUAUUUCAUUUCCUGGUGAAGGAUCCUAUAGAAGAAAACUCAAAAUUAACUACGAUUCUUUAAUGUAUGAACAAAUCAAUCCAAGUGUUGGCAAAAUCUUGAAUGAGAUCUUAAGUGAUUCAGAUAAUAUAAAUUCUUCAAAUCAGAAUAUUCUGCAAGUUAAUUUGAUAGGAAAUAACAAUUCUACAAACAUAAUUGAUAACGAGCUAAUCACCAAUGACAUAUCUAAUCAGAUCGGUUCGAAUCAAUCAAAUCAGGUUUCUAUGAAUCGUGUUCAUGAUAAUAAUAUUGAUGCAACACUUUUAAACAAUUCUACUCUAGAUAAAGAAAAUUCCAAUUCCAACUCCAGCUCUAGCUCCAGUCCCAACUCCAACUCAAAUUUGAAUUCGAUUUCAAAUUUCAACCCUCCACUUAUAAAUAAAAAUAUUUCUUUUCCUAUCGAUAUUCAAUCGGUAGUAUCGAAUUUAGGAAUUCAGAAUCAAAGUCAAAAUCAAAGACUACCGUUAAAUAAAAAAGAAAAUGAUAACAAUAAUAGUCAGAAUAAUAAUGAUAAUAAACAUAAAGCCUCUCUAAAUAAUAAUAAUAAUAAUAAUAAUAAUAAUAAUAAUAAAAAGAAGAAGAAUACCUAUUUUGCGCCAAAUUUGCCAUUUACUUUUUCGUCACAAGAUCAAUAUAUUUAUACUCAAACUAAGCUAAUACUAUCGAUAAAUAGUGAAAAUGAAAGAUUGAAAAAAGAAAAUAUUCUUCUAUUAAAAGAUAUAAAUUCAAUUAAAAAUUCGUUUAAUAUAAGUGAUAUAGAAGAAAUUGAUUCCAAAAUUAAUAAAUUUAAAAAGAUGAAUGAAAAUUAUAGCGAUUUAGUUACAAAUUUAGAGAUAUCUAAUAAAGAAAUUAUAUCAUUAAAAGAACAAUUAAAGGUAAUGAAACAAGAGAAUAAGAAUCUUAAAGACAAAUUUAAAACCUACGAAUCUUAUGGUUUUAAUUUAAAUGAAAGCAUCCUGACAAAUUUUCAAGAAAAUGAGGCGACAAAUAAAAUAAACGGGAAUGGAAAGGAGAUUACAAGUAAUCAGUUGAUAGUAAUUAAUCGGGAUUUGAAAAAUCAAAAUUUAGAAGAAAAUCAAGAACUGAGAAUGGAUCAGUUAUCUGCGAAAGAAAUUACGAGAUAUUUUGAAACGUUUAAUAAUAAUAAAGAUAAAAGUGGUGAUGAGAAUCACCAAUUUUCCAAUGAGAUUAAUGGUAUUGAGAGUGAUAUGAAAGAAUUGAAGAAAAAGGAAAAUAUAAUGGCAAAUCAUAAUGAUGAUGAUGAUAUGAUAGAUCAACCAAAUAAAAGGAGAAAAUUUGAUUAAUAGAAAUAAGGGUGGUCAUCGUAAAAAUGGCAAUUGGGACAUCUAUUGUAGUUAAUUUUAUUUGAAUUGUUUGAUUUAGUAAAAAUUUGACAAAUAUGACCACAAUUUGGGUUAUCGCAAAGUCUAGAGUAAUAUAAUAGGA